AUGCCAUCGACGAUAAAAGAAGCAGCCCUCGAGGCAACAAUCCUCCUCCAAGCCUUUAUAGCCGGCAUCCAAACCCUGCAAUUCUACUGGGACUGGGCGGGAAACCACAACUACCACCAGGCUGGCUAUGAAACCCGCUUGAUAGCCCUCCUCCUCUCCCUCCUCCUCCUCUUCAUAGUCCUAACGCAGCUCAAACUCUCCUCUCCAAACCGCAAGCAGACCCUCCGUCUCGAACUCACCAAAUCAGGCCUCGUUACCGUGCUCUGGGUAUGGUCUCUGGUGUGGAGCUUGGUCAGAGGGAGUUCCGUGCAAAGGACCGUCGAGACUGUCGCUUCGCUUGUGAUUCUUGGGUGCCUGCAGGAUCGUAUUCUACUCGACUUUGGUGGCGGCGUGGAGGACGCGGGAUGGCAGGAUCUCCUUGAGAGCUGA